AUGGAUCUUACUAGCACCAAGUACUUGGAAACUCCUUCCUUGUUUGCAUCUCAAGGGGGAGCAACAUUGGAGAGCAGCAAUGUAUUGACAAACACAAAAAACCCAUUUUUGGAUACGUUUUCUGACCCUCUUUGCAAGCUGAAUCUCAAGGAAACUUCUGAUUUUGUCAAGUCAUUUCCAGUGGCAAACAAUGGCACAGAAAGUAGAGGUUUUCUUGAAGUUUCAGCUCAGAGGAGUAGAGAAAAUGGGGUGGCUUCUGUUUCAAAGAGGAAUGUAGAAGCUCCAUCUACACCUGGGAGGCCUAUUUUCAGCUUCAGCAGUGGAAAUUUCAAAAGAAAAAGUUUCCCUUCAAAAUGGGAAGAUGCAGAGAAGUGGCUUGUUAGUGGAAGCUCUUGCCAAGACUCCCCUUCUCAUCAUCAUGAUUUAAUAAAGCCAUUAGAGACCUCAAAAAUGGGCUCCAAACAGUGCAGUGGUUAUCUGCCACACCAGCCUGAUGUCUUUGCAGAAAAAGUUAGGGUUACAGAGGAAAAGGUCUCUAAAGUUGUUUCAAACUUUCAAGGGGCUUUAGCACUGGACCAUCAUGACUCAACCAAAGCUUUCAAUGUCAAUGUACCACUCAAAGAUAAAUUCACAAAUGAGGUUUGUCCCAAAUUUAAGUGUGUAGAGCCAAUGAAAGACAGGUUUUUAUUUGGGAAUGCUGUGGAAGAGUCAGCGGAAGAUGCCAUCUCAGAAAUAGUUCACGAGGUAAAACACCGUGACGUUGGAACAGAAAUGUCCCCUCUUGGCAGCUCCACCACUUCAAGAUGCCCGACUCCGUUCAUUAGCACAUCGCCUGUGCGCCAUAACACUCCCGCUAACAGGUCCGGCCCAUUGGCCUUGGCAAAUAUUGAUGAUGCCAACACUAUUGACAUAAUGCAACUGCAAGAGUGCCAUUUAGCCAAGUUACAUCAUGAGAUGCAAUUCAAUUCUGUGACAACGAAUUGGAGCUCUCGAGAAGAGGAGGAGGAGGACAUAUCAAAGAGCUUGAGACACUUCGAGAUAAAUAUCGAGUGCAGGAAAAGUAUUUCCGAGUCUAGAUCCUGUACAUGGGAGGAAGAGCAAAAGACCAAGUGUUGCCUCAGGUACCAAAGAGAAGAAGCUAAAAUUCAAGCUUGGGUGAAUCUCCAAAAUGCCAAAGCAGAAGCCGAAUCCAGAAAGCUCGAGGUGAAAAUACAAAAGAUGAGAUCAAAUCUGGAAGAGAAGUUAAUGAAGAGGAUGGCUGUUGUUCAUCGAAAAGCUGAAGAAUUGAGAGCUACAGCCCAGCUUCAGCACUCGGAACAAAUUCAAAAAGCCGGUGAACAAUCGCGCAAGAUGAUGUGCCGAAAUACAGUGCAUUUCUCAGGUCACAAAUCUUGUGGUUGCUUCCCUUGCAAUAACCAUCAUAUUUGA